AUGGCGCCAAAGGCCAAAGAUUCCAGCAAAACCUCCUCGGGCGGUGGUAAAGGCAAAGGCAAAGGCAAGGACGAGGAUGGCUCCUCAGCCAGUGGAAGCGGGAAGCUGAAAGCCGCUCAGUCAAUCAAUGUCAGACACAUUUUGUGCGAAAAGCAUUCCAAAAAAGAGGAAGCCCUCGCAAAGUUGCGUGCAGGUGCCAAAUUCGAUGAGGUAGCGAGGGAGUUCUCAGAGGACAAGGCCAGACAAGGCGGAUCGCUAGGCUGGAAAACCAGAGGCAGCCUCCAUGGAGACUUUGAAAAAGUUGCCUACGAUUUAGAACCGUCCACAACAGCAAAUCCCAAAUAUGCCGAGGUCAAAACAAGCCAUGGCUACCACAUCAUAAUGGUCGAAGGGCGAAAAUGA